GGCUGCUUGCCAGCUGAAGACGGCAAUGAGAUAGCGCAUGUGAACAUGCACAUACACACCCGCACGCGACCGGCUCGUGGCCGAAUAUUCUACGCCGCAGAGAGACGGAGCCAUCGCCUAUCGUAGCUUCUAUGUACUCGCCAGACGCGGGUUGACCUCGCGUGCCCGCCCCACUGCACGGCCCGGACCGCAUCAUCUGAAAAACAUCUUACGCCAACGACGUGAAUGCAUCCCGCGCGCACGAGAAGAGCCUGUUGUCUCGGCUGUUUGUCACAUUACCGAGGAGGAUUAACUCUGUCCCCCCCCCAACAUCUGCUCCUGGAGACAGUGAAAUCGGUCAGUUAGACGAAGAUGUGUUUAGUGUGACAACCUAUGGGCAGAGGUUAGUGCAUAAUUUUGUGUGGUCUUCUUAACAUGGAGACAGUACGAUCUUAAAGGGAACUAAAUUUUGUACAUGAGCUGUAUGAAUGCCGUAUAUUCCAUACAUAUUGGGCUGCUUGAUAGAUUUGUGGUUCUCCAUCACCGCACGAUAGACACACUGUCGUGGGAAACUCCCUCUCUCCUGCCUGAUUCAUAAUCAGGUCGCUCGUAUGUACGCAUAGUGUACGGGCGUUUUGGCAAGGUGCGGAUAUUUAUGAGCUCGGAUCGCGCCUGAAGAUCGAUCAUUUUGUGAUGACUAGAGGAAUGUCAACUCGUUACUUAACUUCGGCCAUGAUGAUGAGGGUGAUGAUAAUGUAGUCUGGCGGCCAGGGUUAUGCUAUGGAAAGAGUGCUUUCUCUGAGCCCGCAGACCAGACCAAGCAUUGGGGGAUAAUGAUGAACGCUGUCUCGGUGACUAACCCCGAUAACAACAACCUUAGCACGACCAGUGGCAAGAUAGGUGGCGCGAUCAGCAGUCGAACAGCGGCCGAACAGGCCGGCUUGAACGCUGGGGCAACCAGGGCGGGUGUAGUAGGCGGAGACACGGGCGCGGACUCAGGUACCGGGACAAGUCUGAACAUUAACCGCCGAGGAUCUGGCAACGCCAAAAUGAACUCGCCGGACAUUGUGAAGCCGGUGGAAGGAAGCGAGACAGUGGGCAAGAAGACUCUUAUCAACGGUAGGGCCAAGAGGCCGUCCUUCUGUCGGAUGAUGAACGCUAAGAGCCUGAGCGAACUCAUGCUCGACGAUCACUUCUUGAAGAAACUCUUCGCCUGUUUCACCCCUUUUGAGAAAUGUGUCCUGCCCCAGGUGUGCCACAAGUGGAAGGAUGUCCUAUACCAGCCCCAGUACUGGAAGAACAUCGUCCCCAUCAUCCACAAGAGGGACCUCUACGACGAAACGGAAGACGGUCACAAGACGUUCACCUCCCUGGCCAGCUUCGAGCAGCGGGGCUUUGAGUCGGUGUGCCUGGUCAGCGUCUCCGACUUGGACAUCUGCGAGUUCAUCGACCACUGCCCCAAGACGAAGAAGACUCUGAAGGCGAUCAGCUUGAAGCGCUCCACAGUCACCGACGCCGGUUUGGAGGUGAUGCUGGAGCAGCUGGGUUCGGUGGAAUCCUUGGAGCUGAGCGGGUGCAACGACUUCACCGAGGCCGGCCUCUGGUCCAGCCUUCAGCCCCGCAUAGUCUCCCUCAGCAUCAGUGACUGUAUCAGCGUGGCGGACGAGAGCGUGGCAGCCGUGGCUCAGCGGCUGCCCAACCUGCGGGAACUCAAUCUCCAGGCCUACCACGUCACCGACAGCCUGCUGGCCUACUUCCCUGCUAGGCCCAACAGCAGCCUGGCCAAGCUGCGGCUGAAGUCCUGCUGGGAGCUGACCAACCAUGCCGUGGUCAAUAUCGUCCAGUGCCUGCCGCAGCUGAGCGUCUUGAGCCUGUCCGGGUGCAGUAAGAUCACCGACGAGGCAGUGGAGCUGAUCGCAGAGAACAUGAGUCAGCUGAAAUCUCUGGAUUUAUCCUGGUGUCCGAGAAUUACCGAUUCCGCUCUGGAAUAUGUGGCCUGUGAUCUUCCCAAGUUAGAGGAACUGGUGCUAGACAGAUGCGUUCGGAUAACGGACACAGGCAUCGGCUUCCUGUCUACGAUGAACUGCAUGAGGGCGCUGUAUCUACGCUGGUGUUGCCAAGUGCAGGAUUUUGGCCUGCAACAUCUGUACAAUAUGAAGAGUCUGGCCAUCCUCUCCGUUGCAGGCUGUCCUCUGCUGACGGCCGCUGGGCUCUCAGGCCUUGCCCAACUCAAGAAUCUGGAGGAACUGGAGUUGACCAACUGUCCCGGCUCCUCACCUGAGCUACUGCAGUAUUUCAGCCUCAAUCUUCCCAAGUGUACUAUUGUCCACUGAUCAGGGCGGGGUCAAAGAGGUGGAAGGUGGAACCAAGGGGGAUCAGUCGACUGAGAACCCAAGUGGGCGUGACCAACAAACUGUCCCACAUCCUUUACUCGGCCUACUGUAUAAUUUUUUCCUCAAACUCUUCGAGCAUGCCAUUGUCCAUUGAUCAAGGUGGGGCCAGUGAAGUGGAAGGUGUGGCCCAGGGGGUGGGUAAAAGAGACAGAACGUGGGAAUGGCGACGAACUGUCCCGGCUUCUCACCUGUGCUGAUUAAAACUUCAGAUUCAAACUCUUCAAAUGUGCUAUCGUCCACGCGGUUUAAAGGGGACCACUGGGCGGAGCCAAGGGAUUAAGUGGUGGGCGGGGACAGAAGGUGGGUGUGGCAGAAGGUAGGUGUGGCCAAAGGGUGGGGUCAAAGUGGUAGGUGGAAACAGAACGUUAAAAUGGGCGUGGUUGCUUUUCAACCAUAUCAAUUAGUGGCGUUUUGCAGUAAUUUGGCCAUUAUGCUGCUGUGUAUUUACAAGGAUGGGACAGGGGCGUGGUGGCCAAGAAAUGGACGUGGUAGGGUAAGAGUGUACAUAAUGUACGUGAAAUAAGCCUUAAUUUACGUUGUCGGAUUCAACUUUUUAAGUUAGUUAACUUGAUAUGGGGCGGGGAGAAUAUAAAGGCGGGUCGGGUGUGGCUGCCGAAAUAGCGCUGGUUUUGGCACCUUUUUUCAGCAGCUCUGACGUUAUUGGAUGUGAAAGUAAAUUAUUUUAUGUUAAAGAGACAGAUGCACCAGUCUAAAGCUCCGGUAAUGCUUUCUAAGCACAGCUCAGCACAUGGUAACAGCUUAUUAUGAUAAGUAUUGGUUACGAUGCUUUAGCAUCUGCGAUUUAGUCCUAGAAUGGAAUGUAAAUCAAAAAAUUAAGUCGGAGAAAUCGUGCAUGUUCCAAUCGGUGUAAGUGCAAUGUACAAGUCUCGUCUUUUCACGUGCAACAGGUUCGAGAACCCAUCACCCUUGAGCAAUGGAUAGAAAAUGAAAUUCACUAUUUGGUGCAUGUCAAGAAUUUCUAAUUGACCGAUAAGCACUUGUACUUAUUUGAGAGGCUUUCAUUUAGAAUAGUGUCUUGCCGUCGGUGGGUUUAAUGCUUUUUGAGGAUGCAAAUGUCAGAACGAUCGUUUUCAUUGUAAAUAUAUAAUAAUCGAUCACGCUGAAGUGACCUUUGUUAAUAUUUCAAAAUAAUCGACGAAAACUGUAAAACAGAGAGACACUGCAAUUGUAUGUAGGAAUGUUUAGCAACUGCUAAGGCCGUUGAUUGAUUGAUUCAUUUAAAGUUGGACCAAAAUUAUUUCGGUAGUUUUGAAAAUCGGUGUAAAUUGACAUCAGUAGCUCACUGGCCAGUGAUGUAGAUUGUGAAUGAAACCUACAUAGACUAGCGUAGGACAUGUGGUUCUUGUUUUGACAAUGGAACCGUCAACUUUGGAAUGGACCCUGGAGCGGCGAAACGUUUACAGGAACGUUUAAUAUUUGAUAGAAGUAUUUACUAUCUAGAGCACAUUCGUACCUAAAGAAUUUAGCAUUUAACAUUAAACACUUGGUGAAGGAAGCCUUGUAGUUAACAUCACACAUUAACCAAGUCACAUGAAAGCUUUGUUCACGAUGACGCUUAAUAUUGAAAAGGCUGGACCUUAUUAAUCGCAUUAUUUGUGCACUUGUCAAUUUCUCCGGGGAAACGGAGGGAAGAGCUGGACUUAUCGGAGAUCCUCACGUAUCAUCUAAUUGAAUAAGUUUAAGGCUAUAGUUUUUGAGUAAAUGAACAAUUAUUGCUAGAGCUAUGUACAUAAAUAUCAAAUUUAUUUGAGAAAAUUAUGUUAGAUGUAUUUAAACGUAGAAGCAUCUGCUAAAUAGAUAUGUAUGUUAAUCAUAAAGGAAAUGAUAUCGAGAGAGAUUUGAAACUUUUAUUUAUUUAUAGAAGGCAUUGAAAAAAAGUUGCUUGAACGGAGUUUAUGCGAAAAGGGAAUUCUUUGUGGACAGAUCAAUCAGUAUGUAAAUUUCUUCAACAUUUGCGUUUAUAACUCUACUCUUUAUGACUGGAAGUAGUUAUUUUGUACUCAUUUCAUGUAAAGUCUUUAAGUUUUUGUUUAAUUUCAACAAUAACAGCUGUAACUGUAGAGGAAGCUUAUCUUAGUCAAGAAAAAAAAACCCAACAAAAUGGCACUACACAAUUGAUUUUCCAGGAUUUCCUCCUUACAUACACCGCAAGUUUCAUUUCAGCCGAAUUUGCAUUCAGUUCGGUUUUUAAUUUACAAUAUGGAAACCUCCAUGAAUCCAUUUUUUUAAGAAAAGUGAACACUAUUCUUUUUAACUGUCUAAGAAAAUUGGAAUUUCCGGGUAAAAUUAUGAGAUUUUUCUAUCACGUUUGUCAUGAUGUAUGCAUUGUUGUCCUGAUGGAAAAAGUACCAUUUCUUAAAAUCUGAGGGUGUUGAAAGAAUGCCCGAUCAAAUACGAUGAUACAUAGUUAAUUGAGUGUUAAAAGUUACCUAUGUAAAAUGUAAUGAAUAUUUAUAGCUAAACUUCAAUCAACCAAUGAAGAGAAAUUUUGCAAAGCAUGCAAACACAGUUAACACGACCCACUCAUUUCAUUCUUAUGCAUAUUCAUGAUUUUUAAACCAAUCAGAAAUGUAAAAAACAUAAAAUGGAGAGGCGUGAUGGCAUUUGUAUUUAACUGAAACAUUUCCGUAUGUGUAAUAGAAAGUGAAUAAAAAUAAAAUCGCUUUAAAAACUUCGUAAAUUCAACUGAUGUCACAAAGCAUAAUGUCAAAGUCACUGAAUUAUUACGAAUACUUCGGUAAAUGUGUUAAACCUGUGCAAAUGGUAUGAAUAUUUAUAAUAAGCAGUUAAUCCAUGGCUUCUGGAUCAGUAACGAACCUCUUCAUUACAAGUUCAUAGAGAAACACUGUAGAUGUGGGAGAAAAACACCACAGGAAAGUUUGGCAGACGGUCUAAUUUGGAGUGACCUAAAAUAAGGAAAAAACCCAUACUGACUCCAUAGUGUGAAAAAAGACCGAGACAUCAAGGGUACCAACUGACCCAGUCAACCAGGGUAGCCGAGAUUCAAUCGCAGAUAGCAAAGAGAUUUCAAGUAAUAGGCCUACUUUAAAGUUGCCAGUUACAGCGUUAAAUUAAGGCUAUGUGUAACCCAAUAAAAUCCCACUCCAUGUAAACUAAAUAUGUAUGGUGAUAAACUUAGAACAGGCUCUUCCCUAUUUGAUAAGCGGUCAAAAUUGCGACCAAAAUGCAUUACAGCAGCUAAAAAAAUUUUUGAGGCAAUUAAAUGUAUGAAAAGUAUAUGUAUACUUAUGCCCUAUUUACCUGCGGAGAUAACUAGCUACAUACAUGUAUAUCUGUGUACUCAAAGUGAACAUGCAGAAUUUGAUUUACUUAGAGCUGUCCAAUUCUGAAUUUAUUAUCGAGAACUAACGGCACAAUCAAGGGAUAAAUUUGUUUCAAUUUAUUCAGUUCAGAUACCUCAUGGAUUAACCCUAACACUCCUCAGUCCUCCAACAGGUGAAGGAUUGAGGAGGGUUAGGGUUAUCUCGAAUAGUUCCUGCCACAACUGCAUACAAAUCCCAUAUACGGUUUGAUGAUACCACCGUUGUUCUAAUCUUAUCAAGAGCAAAAUAUUCAUUUUGUGGCAUUUUGGCUAUGGGGGGGCGUUCUGAACUGCAGUUAUUUGUUGCUUUCUCAAGUGCUUCCAAAAAGAGAAAAACUGACACAGUCCAGCAGUGGCGUCACUAUGGGAGGGGGGGUACGUGCCCCCCAACGGAGGCCCAUGCCCCCCCCCCCAUUUGAAAUUUUGAAAUGGACAUUUAUGUCCAUUUAUGUAGGCGUUUAGACAGGCACCUAGUUCAAUUAUUUUCAGUGCCCCCUGAAAAAACAUUGUGCAUCCCCGGGUGCCCCCUCAGCUGUAUUACCCUCAUUACGCCACUGCAGUCCAGCCAAAAUUACAACAUGCCUCAUUUCGCGAGGAAACUUUGUUAUGUUGGACAUCAACAGAGACCAUGGCUGUGGUUUGGUUCCUCAGGUCACCCCUUCUACAAUUACUCAUUAUUGACUUGUUACCUGACUCUUCUCUUUCAGCUCCUUCGUGGUUUUUAGGAAUUUGUGUCAAUAAAAAUACUAUAGCGACUAUGAGUGUGUGAUUUGUAUGUCAAAUGUGAUCAUGUUGUAUGCAUGUUAUUCAGGAGUCAUGUGCAUAAUUCAUGUCAGGUCAUGCAUAUUCAUGAUCUGAGGUUAUUUAAUUUACCAACUUGAGUGCUGCCUACUGCAUUACGUGCUGCAUUGCAUUAAGGUUAUUCUCAACAAAAUAUGACUUAAUUUGCUUUGAAAGCAGAAAAACACCAGUAAAAGUCAAAUUUAUUUUACUUAUGAAAUUCACAAGGAAAAAAAAUGCUUCCUCAAAAUUUCACUAAGUUGAAAGUCCUUGUUGAUGUUUUUUGUUGGCAUUGCAUAGGUUUGACAAGAUUCCAUAUUUGUUUAGAGAAGGUAAUUCAAAUACAGGUGUUUUUAUUUUGAGAUGUUGGUUACUGUAGGUAUUACAAAUUUUGAUGGAAUGAUUAAAAAAUUGGUGUUAUCAAUAAUACAAACAAAAAUCCAUUUUAAUCAAGAGCAAACUGGUUUAGGAUAAAAGCCUGCUUAAUGCCAUUGGUUGAGUUGUCUGCUUUGCGGCAACUGCAGAUCCUCCUGUUAUGCUAUUGUAAUUCCUCAAUGUUAAUGAAUGUUGGAGCUGGAACCGCGUGCUGUGUUAUGUGUCACAAGUGAAUAAGAAGAAUAAAAUUGACCACGUCCUGUUGUUUUCAGCAAACUGAA